AUGCCCCAGCGCCACAAGGAUGGCUUGAUGUUCGAUCAUUGGGAGAUUGCUUGGUGGAAGCUCCAAAUCUGGAACCUCACCCAGUUCGAGAAGCUCAUCUGGCUCGAUUCGGAUGCCAUUCUCACCCGGAGCAUUGAUUGGUUAUUCGACCGCCCAUGGAUGUGGUCGCAGCGGGAUGACUGGUUCUGCGAUCUGAAUGUGCCCAAGGUGUGUUCGGGCAUCGUGCUAAUCUACCCAGACGAGAAGGAUUUUGAGGGACUCUUGAAGUACGCGGCCGAGGAGUCUCCCACGGAUUGGAUACCGAUCGCGCGUCCGAUGCGGCCAGGUGCGGAGGCGGAUCCCCGACAGCCGGAUCGGAUUGUUGUCGACCUGUAUACAUGCAUUGGCACUGUAAGGUCAGGUGGCUACCAGAACACCAACGACCAUUACAGCAACAUGUGCUUCUCGCACAGGCUCGAUCAUCAGCUCUUCACCGUUGGCGACGAGAACCUGAACAUGUGCCAUUUUCAUCCCUUGGCGGCCUGGUGGCGCAUGCUCUUCUGCGAGGCUGUUACCCGCAUUGGGUUGAGCAUGCCAGACAUAAGCUCGUUUUGCAGCGAUGAGUGCUGGUACCAGGGGAAGACGCCAGAGUACGACGGCGCGCAGACAUGUGGACCAUUGAGCACGACAAUUAAUUACGACGACUAUGUCGCCAAGACAGCUGCCCGGCCAUUCGAAGGUUAG